CCAUCGACUGACACACAAAUGAAUUAUAAAUUGUGUUUAAAUUGUGUUUAAAUUGUGUUUAAAUGGCAUUGAAUUGAAUGAAUGCAUGCAUUGAAUGCACAGAACUGUCGGUCGAGUCAUCAGAGUUUGCAUUCAGAGGAUAUUUGCCAUCAAAACGAUGGAGACAUCACCGAAACGGAUCAAAUUGGACGCCACAGCUAUCGGUGAGCCAAUACCCUCCGCGAGCGGUGGUGUCGGUGAUGAUGAGGACAAUAAGUGGCGCUCACUAUUGGACAGGCGUUUCGAUGAGAAGGACGUCGGUAUCAGUGAAUUCAUCGGCCAUUUCAAGCCAUUCACAGCUGUGCUCAAGAACCGUUACGAAGACUUCUUAGUACACGAGAUCUCCCGCGACCGUCGAGUCGUACGGCUAUUGGACACGAGUCGACCCGUAGAGGAUGUGAUACCAGUGCUGGACAUUCAUGAAGUGCUCGACGAUAGCACUGUUGAACAGAUCCGCCAAUUGGCGAAACCAUGCGAUGAUAAUGAGGUUGAGAUGGACUCGACUAUAGAAUUCCUGGACAGUCAGCCAACUGUUGAGGAAUCGGUGACUGAAUCGACAGAUACUACCGGAGUUAAUGUGAAGUCAUCAGAGGUUAAGAUACCAGUGACUGGUCUCUCGAAACACGCGAGAACUCGAAUACAUAAAGCCAUUCGAGAUAAUUACGAGUCCUUAGAGACCUCGACCAUCGGUGACACCGAAGCCGACAAACAUAUUGUGGUGAAGCGAGUGGACAGUCGUAGUCAUGAUUCUAAUGGUAGGCGUCGACACGCCUGGCCUCAGGACAAGGGAGAGUACAUACACUUUGUGUUAUAUAAGGAGAACCGGGAGACACAACAGGCGCUCCAGGAGUUGGCCCUCAAAAUGCAUAUCUCGGCCAAGAAUUUCUCGACGGCCGGCACUAAAGACAAGCGCGCGAUCACCGCACAGGAGGUGUCGGCCUAUAAGGUGCCGCCCCGUAAGAUAUGGGAGGCCUCCCAACGGUGUCGGGACGUAGAGGUCGGGCACUUCAGGUUUGAGCGCCGGGAGAUAAAGUUAGGCGAUCUGAAGGGCAAUCGAUUUGAUAUAGUCUUGAGAGAUGUACCGAAGAGUGUGGACAUGGAUGCAGUGGCCAAGAGUAUGGAGUCGGUGCGAACUACCGGUGCCAUCAAUUACUACGGAAUGCAACGCUUUGGCUUUCAGUACGAGAAGCCGUACGCCAUCGGUAUAGCUAUAUUGAGGCAACAGUGGGAACGGGUGGUUGAGUUGAUACUAUCUGAUAGACCGCAAGACAUUCAAUGGCGCGAUGGGUCCGGUAUGUCGUUCAACGAGUGCCUGAAUUUGUGGCGUAAGACUAGAGACGCGAAGUCGGCGUUUAAUAACUGCCCUCAAAAGUGGACACCAGAGGCUACGCUACUGAAAGGACUAUCCCGUGUGGCGGACAAUGAUUAUAUGGGCGCCCUAUGCACUGGUAUGCAUCGUAAUCAACGCCUACUAUACCUCCAUUGCUACCAAAGCUACGUAUGGAAUAGGACCGCCUCAUAUCGGGUCCGUACGUACGGCCAGAGAGUGGUAGCCGGAGACCUAUUACUCAAAAGUGAUAAUGAAGUGGACAGUGAGGUUGUGGACAGUAAUGGCGAUAAAAAGGGCUCCAGAUUUGGCGAUAAUAUAGUGGUUGCAGAUGAGAGGAACAGUAGUGGCGCCAGUAUUUACGAUAUAGUACUCCCUGUGAUCGGCAGUGACAAUGUGUGGCCGACUAAUAGUGUCGGCGAUUACAUGAGGGAACUGUUGGGUGAGGACGAGGUGUCGGUCGAUAUGUUUAAAGCUUUACCCAAACAGUGGUGUGUUUUCGGCACUUAUCGUCGACUUUACGUCAAACCAGAAGACUUUGAGUACGAAUGGUGUGAUUAUAAAGACCCGAAUGUACCGCUCAUUGACAGCGAUUUAGUGACCAUUAGACGUAAGGCCCAAGAAGUGGACAAUUGUGGCGAUAAUAAGACUAAAGAUGUUGAGUGUCGUAGUGCUGGUGAUGAUAGUGUGGUAAAUAGUGACGACAAGUUGGCGCUUAAGAUAUCGAUGUCAUUACCGACGAGUACUUACGCGACUAUGAUUUGCAGACAAAUCACCAGAACUGAGACCACGAUUCUUGAGACUAAACCGUGGCUUAAGAGUAGAUUCAAUGUUUAG